AGCCUGUAGUACUCUCUGUACCGUAGUCUGUACCCCCUUCAUGAUGAAUGAAUGGACUGACAGCGACUGUCCGGAUGCAAACUGAUGAUAACCAUAGCGAAACGAACUUGGUCUUGACUAACCCCUCCUCCCCCCUGAAGCUAAUAAUCAGAACAUGUCCAAAAGAGAGAGAGAGGGAGAGAGCAGUGUGGAACAAGACGCUCCGGUCCAGCUCUAAAGCCCCCUUGCCUCCUCUCCUCUGCCAGACCCAAAAGAAAGCCCAACACAUGGGGCCUCGCCCCGUCUCUCCCUGUCAUCAUCAAGGCCACCGCGGCGUGUGCGGAUCCGCCAAUCAAACGCGCGCCCGCGCCUGCCUUUACACACACAAAGUUGCACCCAACCAAAGCAACCGCAUCGCAUCUCAUCUCUGCCUGUUUUGGUUGGAUUCACCACCUCUGCUCCGCUCCGUACUCUGCGAGUCUAUGGCCGCUAGUCCCCCGGUGGUGGUGCCGUCGCUAUAAGGGCACCCGGCUAGCCACACGCACGGCUCCGUCCCGUCGCCUUGGAUCGGCUACUCGGUGAGUGAGCGUGUCAGGGCCUUGGCACGGUGCAGCAGAGCCAUGGGCCUCGCCGGCGGCAUUGUCCGGAGAGUCCUCUCCAAGAGCCCCUGCGGCUCCUCCUCGUCGGCGGGACGCGGAGGCCACAGCGAAAGGAGCCCGGGCGACCACAAGAGGCGGUGGGGCUCUCUGAGGCUGUACCUGUGCGGCGAAGAAAACGGCGCGGGUGCCGAGGAUGGGGAGGACGACGACGACGGGACGGUCUCGGCCAGGAGCUUCGAGACAUGCGCGAUGACGCAGGACGCCCAUGCUCCGGCGGCAGCCGAUCAGGGUCGCCGCGAGGUGAACGGCGGCGCGCGCGGCAACGCUGAAGAAGUUCGAGUUAAGUGGAGCCCCAGCGAGCCGACGAAGCCGUUCACCGAGGACGAGGCCGCGACGCUGAUCCAGUCCGCAUUCAGGAGGUUCAUGGCAAGAGGCCGCUUGCUGCAAGAGGAGCUGAGGAGAAGCUCGGGACAGGAGUGCUGCUACGGUGAAGAGCCCAAGAGCCCUGCCUCGCCGUCCAUGGCAGCAUCGGUGGAGGUCCAGAUUGGGGAGUCCCUGAGCAACCUCCAGCUGACCGACGACGGCGCGUCGGUGUCGGCGCAGCACCGGGCGGGCCAGAACCAGAAGCCGCGGCCCCAGGUCUUCAGAGCCAAGGAGGAGUGGGACGACAGCACGCUGAGCUCCAACGUGCUGAGGAUGAGGAUCCAGAGCAAGAUGGAGGCCACCACGCGGCGCGAGCGCGCCCUCGCCUACGCCUUCUCGCAGCAGCUGAGGAGCGGCGGCACGAAGAAGCGUUCGUCGCGGUCGGAGCAGGGGGAGUUCAACGUGGGGUGGAGCUGGCUGGAGCGGUGGAUGGCGACGCGGCAGGCCGAGCCGGGGGCCGACGACAGCGCGAGCAAGAACGCGACGGACGCCGGGUCGGCGGUGGCCGGGCGGCGGGUGGUGGUGGUGAGGCGGCGGCAGGACGUGGCCGUCGAGGAGAAGGAGAGCUGCGGCUCCAACGACGUGUCCGCCAUCAGCUUCGACGGCUCCAGCGCCGGCGGCCGGAGCGGCCUCAGCUGCUACAGGCCCGGUAAGAACAGGCUCAGGGGGGGCAGGAGCCUGCCGCGGCGCAAGGUGGCGGCCGCGUCGUCGGACCACCAUCGGCUCCAACCAAGGUCCCACAAGGUGAGCAAGAAGGCGCGGCAGAGGGAGGAGAAGCAGCAGCUGCAGAAGGAUCAUCAAGUUGAGCCCGAGGCCGAGGCCUACGAUCCCCGCCAGCCUCCCACGGAUUACUGAAACCGAGACGAUGGAAUGAUGUACAUAGGCUUCUUCAGAUCCUGAUUGCUGUGUUGGCUUUGUGUCGCCAUGAUUUUUAUCUUACUUUUCAGUUGCUUGGUGCUGAAGUGUUAGAUGAUUCGAGAUGAUUUUAAGCGCGGAGAGCUGCGAGACUGACAAGUUGGUCGUGUAAAGUUGUUCAUUAAAUAAAGCAUACGCAGGUGAUGGUGCGUCCAACGGAAA